CUCGUGUGCCCUCCUCUGUUUCUGGCUCCGGCGCCGGCGGGCGAGCACUAUAAAAGGAGGCGGCUUCAAGCAGCGGGGUUUCAUUCAACUCGGACGGACGGAGCAGUUGAUCAUCUAUCUCAUGGUGAGCAGCGGCACCCAGAAUUCCGAGAGGUCUCCGGCUCUGCACCUGAGCACCGGCAUCGUCGGCUUCCUCGCCCGGCGUGCCAUGUCGACGCACAGGCAGCGGUCCUCCCAGCAGCCCGGCGUGCCGCUGGACUCGCCGGGCUCCUCCACCGGGUCCGUGGAGUCGCCGCCGCCGUGGAGCAGCGUCCAGCAGCACCCUGCGGCGCCAUUCGACAGCAACGACACCGAGGAGAUGGUCCAGGCGGACAUGGCGAAGCACGCCGCGGCGGGGCACGCGUACCGCGGGGUGCGCAAGCGGCCGUGGGGCAAGUUCGCGGCGGAGAUCCGGGACUCGACGCGCGACGGCGUGCGCGUGUGGCUGGGCACCUUCGACAGCGCGGAGGCGGCGGCGCUGGCGUACGACCAGGCGGCGUUCGCGAUGCGGGGCGCGGCGGCGGUGCUCAACUUCCCCGUGGAGCGGGUCCGGGAGUCCCUGGAGGGCAUGGGCGUCGACGCGUCGUGCGGCGGGUCGCCCGUGGUGGCGCUGAAGCGGCGGCAUUCCAUGCGGGCGCGGCGGCGGCCGGGGACGGGGAGCCGAAGGGGCAAGGCGGCGGGCAGGAGCGAGGUGAUGGAGCUGGAGGACCUUGGAACAGAGUACCUGGAGGCGCUGCUGGGCGCCACCACCGAGGAGCAGAGAGAGAACAGCAGCAGCAGCACGUCGUCCUGGUGCCGGAGCCACCACUCCAUCUGAUCUCUGAUCCCAUUGCCAUUGGGCAAGCAUGGUGAUCUCUCUCCCGUAAGAAGGAAGAUAGAGCAAAAGCAACAUAAUAUACUGUGAUGGGCAUGCAGCAAAUUAAAUACGUUUUGAUUGGAUUGUUCUUGCUAUCCAUAUACGUUAGGAGUAGCAGCUACUAGAUACUGGUAGAUUGGAGGGGUGAACUAAACAGCUUGCUUGGUUUUGUUAGUUUGGAUUGGGGAAGAAGCGGCAUCAGCUAGUGUUUCCAUUGAGAAACGAAACGAAACUCAACUCGGCGCCAAAUUAAUUUGAAGGGAGAUGAAAUUGUGUUUGAAUUUGCGAGCACUUUUACUUGUUGGA